UUAUUUGGAAAUAUCAGCGGAUGGUUUAAAUGACUUUGCUGGCAAAAUACAAGCGCUGUCCUUUUCUGCAAAGAAGAGCUUCCAAAAAAAGAAAAAAAAAGUUUUGUGUGCAGUCAUAUAAGAAGCUCAGUGUUCGCAGCGUGGAGGGGGAGGCAGGCAGCCCUGCAGUUUGUUGAAUGUGUUACAUGCCAUUAGGUGCAGUGUAAACCAUCCCGGGCUCUGCUCCUGACAAUGGCGCUCUCAAUCCGAGAUGACUUUUUACUUUUAUAGACUUGGGGAGGAAAAAAAAAAACCUGGGUCCUAAUACCGAUAGCAACAUUUUGCGAGAAGUUACAAAACGUUCAUGUACUGCCUGGGAGUUGGAGGCUAGACGGUCUUCCUGAAAGGGAACGAGACUCUCCUGAUUGGUCAUGAUGUGCCCCACGUUGAGUCCAGCAGGACGCAGUCCGGGUCUCUCCGACAUGCACCAAUACAGCCAGUGGCUUUCCAUCCGGCAUGAAGCCAACCUGCUGCCCAUGAAGGAGGACCUGGCCCUCUGGCUGACCAUCAUGCUGGGGAAGGAGGUGACGGCCGAGACCUUCAUGGAGAAGUUGGAUAACGGCGCUCUGCUGUGCCAGCUGGCGGGAACUCUACAGGACAAGUUCCGGAAAAAGCUGAAGGAGGUGGGAAAGUCAGACAAGAGUCUUCCAUCAGAGAGGAUUCCAUGCCGAGCCAACGCCCCAUCCGGAUCCUUCUUCGCAAGAGACAACACGGCCAACUUCCUGUCCUGGUGUAGAAGUAUCGGCGUCGGGGAGACCUGCUUGUUUGAGUCUGAUGGACUCGUCCUCCACAAGCAGCCCCGGGAAGUGUGCCUCUGCCUCUUGGAGUUGGGCAGGAUAGCGGCGAGGUUUGGCCUGGAGCCGCCUGGUUUGAUAAAACUGGAGAAGGAGAUUGAACAGGAAGAAACGCUAUCGACCCCGACGACACCGUCCCCGUCCCCUUCCCCCACAAAGUCCGCGUCUGGAAAGAAGAGCGCCGGGAAGCUAUUAGAUGACGCAGUGCAGCACAUUUCUCAGGACCCUCCAUGUAAAUGCCCCAACAAAUUCUGCGUGGAACGUCUAUCUCAGGGGAGGUACAAAGUGGGGGAGAAGAUCCUCUUCAUCAGGAUGCUUCACAACAAACACGUGAUGGUGCGCGUGGGAGGCGGCUGGGAAACGUUCGCCGGUUAUCUGCUGAAACACGACCCGUGCCGGAUGCUGCAGAUUUCCCGCGUAGACGGCAAGACCUCCCCCAUCCAGAACAAAUCUCCGACCAUCAAAGACAUGAGUCCCGACACCUACCUGGUGGUGUCGGCGCACUACAAGUCCAAGAGGGAGGUGAAGUGAGACGCCGCUGGUUGGGCGCCGGGAAUUCGCCAAUAAAAAAAGAAAACGCCUAACGCUGCCGAUCUGGGCGAGCGAAAUGUUAGAAGUGUAACUUGCAUAUUGAGUAUGUUUAGCGUGUAAAGAAAACGUACCGAGUAUUAUUGUGUUAUAAUGAACAUGGCGCUCUGAUCACCCAAUCACAGGGAGGGAUCCCACUCAUACAUUCCUCUCAUUGGUGGGGACGUGUUCAUCUCUUUCUGGAUAUAGGAAGCUCCAGUCGUCUUUUUACUGUCAGUUUAUGUUUAUUGCUGGAAACAAUCGUUGUCUCUUGUCGUAUCGUUUUUUUGUCUCGGACACGGGAAGAAUAGGAAUCAUCAGAAAUAAAGAGGAACAUCCCCCCCCCUCCCCCAGAUACAGAAUGAUACAUUGAAUACGGCUCUAUAUACACUCAGAAAGGUUCUUCCCCUUCUGCAUGUCUGCAAGCACUGGUGACGUAACCAAAGCCUCCUAGAUGCCUCCUGGGAAGGCUCCAUCACUAGGGUCUCCCUGUUACCCCCUAGGAAGGCUCCAUCACUAGGGUCUCCCUGCUACCCCCUAGGAAGGCUCCAUCACUAGGGUCUCCCUGCUACCCUCCUAGGAAGGCUCCAUCACUAGGGUCUCCCUGCUGCCUCCUGGGAAGGCGCCCUCACCAGGAUCUCCUUGCUGCCUCCUAGGAAGGCUCCCUCACCAGAGUCUCCCCGCUACCCCCUAGGAAGGCGCCAUCACCAGGAUCUCCCUGCUGCCUCCUAGGAAGGCUCCAUCACCAGGAUCUCCCUGCUGCCUCCUGGGAGGGCUCCCUCAGCAGGGUCUCCCUGCUGCCUCCUGGGAAGGCUCAAUCACCAGGGUCUCCCUGCUGCCUCCUGGGGAGGCUCCCUCAGCAGGAUCCCCCUGUUGCCUCCUGGGAAGGCUCCCUCACCAGGAUCCCCCUGCUGCCUCCUGGAAAGGCUCCAUCACCAGGAUCUCCCUGCUGCCUCCUGGGAAGGCUCCCUCAGCAGGGUCUCCCUGCUGCCUCCUGGGAAGGCUCCCUCACCAGGAUCCCCCUGCUGCCUCCUGGAAAGGCUCCAUCACCAGGAUCUCCCUGCUGCCUCCUGGGAAGGCUCCAUCACCAGGAUCUCCCUGCUGCCUCCUGGGAAGGCUCCCUCACCAGAAUCUCCCUGCUGCCUCCUGGGAAGACUCUAUCACCUGAUCUCUCUGCUGCCUCCUGGGAAGGCUCCAUCACUAGGAUCUCCCUGCUGCCUCCUGGGAAGGCUCCAUCACCAGGAUCUCCCUGCUGCCUCUUGGGGAGGCUUCCUCAGCAGGAUCUCCCUGCUGCCUCCUAGGAAGGCUCCAUCACCAGGGUCUCUCUGCUGCCUCUUAGGAAGGCUCCCUCACCAGGGUCUCCCUGCUGCCUCCUGAGAAGGCUCCCUCACCAGGGUCUCUCUGCUGCCUCCUAGAAAGGCUCCAUCACCAGGGUCUCCCUGCUGCCUCCUAGGUAUGCUCCCUCACCAGGGUCUCCCUGCUGCCUCCUAGGAAUGCUCCCUCACCAGGGUCUCUCUGCUGCCUCCUAGGAAGGCUCCAUCACCAGUGCCUUCUCAAUGCCUCCUGGGAAAGCUAUGACACCUGUGCCUCCCCAGAAGCCUUUGUCACCAGUGCCUUCCUGCUGCCUCUUGGAAACUCUAUGUCACCAGUGCCUCCCUGAUCCUUCUUGGGAAGGCUACUUUACAUUACUAGUAGGCCUCCCUGCUGCCUCCUGGGAAGGCUCCCUCACCAGGGUCUCCCUGCUGCCUCCUGGGAAUGCUACUGUACAUCACCAGUACCUCCUUGAUGCCUCCUGGAAAGGCUAUGUCACCAGUGCCUCCCUGCUCCCUCCUGGGAAAGCUAUGGCAACAGUGCCUUCCUGAUGCCUCCUGGGAAUGCUAGAUGAUCUGUGCCUCCCCAGAAGCCUUUGUCCCUCCUGGGAAGUCUAUGACACCAGUGCCUCCCUGCUCCCUUCUGGGAAGGCUUUGGCACCAGUGUCUUCCUGCCAACUCCUGGGAAGGCUACAGCCACAAUGCCUUUCUGAUGCCUCUUGGGAAAGAUUCAUCAUUAGUGUUUCCCAACAGCCUCCUAGGAAGGCUCUGUCACCAGAUUCUCCCUACUGCCUCCUGGGAAGGCAACAGCAUCAGUGUCUUCCUGAUGCCUCCUGGGAAGGGUAAAGCACCAGUGUCUUCCUGAUGCCUCCUGGGAAGGCUACGUCACCAGUGUCUUCCUGAUGCCUCCUGGGAAGGCUACAUCACCAGUGUCUUCCUGAUGCCUCCUGGGAAGGCUACAUCACCAGUGUCUUCCUGAUGCCUCCUGGGAAGGGUAAAGCACCAGUGUCUUCCUGAUGCCUCCUGGGAAGGCUACGUCACCAGUGUCUUCCUGAUGCCUCCUGGGAAGGCUACAUCACCAGUGUCUUCCUGAUGCCUUCUAGGAAGGGUAUGUCACCAGUGUCUUCCUGAUGCCUUCUGGGAAGGCUAC